AAACCACAUUAGCUUCUUCAAUUCUCUCCAACCCUUCUUGGGUACAAGAAAGAAAACAUAUAAAUAUAAUAAAGUUGGCAGCUUUCGAGAGUACAAAACAACCUUAAAAUUUUAUCAGGUUGUGGUCUGAUCAUUGUAUCUCAGUUUUUUAUGUUUUUUUUUGGGGGGGUUAAUGGUGUUUGGGUUUUUAAUUUUUGUAAUUUGAUCCGGGCGGGUUUAGUUUGGGUUAGUUGAUGGGAUUGGUGUGGCCUUUGAUUCUUUUGUUCUUGCAUGUCUAAAUCAAAAUGGGGCAGGGAAUUUGACUGAAAGGACAAGGAUUUUAAUUGGGGUGGCUUCGAUCAUUUUCUUGGUUCAUGUCGUUUUAGUCGCCACUGUUAUAUAUCUCUCUCUCCUUGUUACCCAGAUAUUAACAAAUCCCAAAACCCUUUUUCAGUUCUCCAGGUUUUAUAUUAGUUCUUUCUUGUUGGGUUUUUUAAAAAUUUUUAAUUAACCUUAUUUUGGGUUUGUUUUUACUGAAAAGAUUGCAGUAGAAACAAGUGGGUUUCUGGGUUAUUAAUCUUGGUUGUGGCUUUUUGUGUCUUUCCGACAACAUAUAUUUGUAAUUUGUCCCUCUGACUCCGCCAUGCUGGCUUGUUGAAUCUUGAAACUGCUUAUUUAACGGCAGCCCAGAAAAUCUUAGUAGAUAAAGUUGCAGACUUGCAGCCAUGAAGUUUAUGAAACUUGGAUCUCGGCCGGAUACUUUCUACACCUCUGAAGCCGUCAGAUCGGUUUCCUCGGAAGUUUCGAGUGAUCUCAUAGUCCAAGUCAAAGGGAGCAGAUAUUUGCUUCACAAGUUUCCGCUGUUGUCGAAGUGUUUGAGGUUGCAGAGGUUGUGUUCGGAGUCGCAGAGCCCGGAGAGUUCGCAGCACCAGAUAGUGCAGCUGCCGGAUUUUCCGGGCGGGGUGGAGGCGUUCGAGCUGUGCGCCAAGUUCUGCUACGGCAUCACCGUCACGCUCAGCGCCUACAACAUUGUCUCCGCCCGGUGCGCGGCGGAGUAUCUGCAGAUGACGGAGGAGGUGGAGAAGGGGAACUUGAUAUUCAAGCUGGAAGCUUUCUUGAAUUCCUGCAUUUUGCAGGGGUGGAAAGACGCCAUCGUGACGCUUCAGAGCACCAAGGCGUUUGCCCUGUGGUCGGAGGAUCUGGGGAUCACCGGCCGGUGUAUCGACGCCAUUGCCUCCAAGGUUCUGGCCCAUCCCACCAAGAUGAAUCUUUCCCGGAGCUACUCCCGCCGCGCCGGCGGGAGGGAUGAUGUGGUUUCCUGUAAUGGAUCGGAGAGUCUCCGGCACACCAAGAAAACCCCGUCCUCGGGGAAGGGGUGGUGGGCGGAGGAUUUGGCGGAAUUGAGUGUGGAUUUAUACUGGAGAACCAUGAUUGCUAUAAAAUCAGGGGUGAGAGUUCCGGCGAACCUAAUCGGCGACGCCCUGAGAAUCUACGCCUCGCGGUGGCUACCCAACGUUUCCAAAUACGCCAAAUCCGAGGAAUCUGCAGAUUCUCUCGCGGAUGUCUUUUCCAAACACGCUCUCAUUUUGGAGUCAAUCAUAAGCCUUCUACCGCCGGAAAAGGGCGCCGUUUCCACCGGCUUCCUCCUUAAGCUCCUCAAAGCCGCCAACAUUCUCCGAGCCUCCACCGCCUCCAAAACGGAGCUAGCAAGACGGGUCGCGAUCCAGCUCGAAGACGCCGCCGUCGGAGACCUCUUGAUCCCAUCGGAGCCCGACAAAAACGCCACAAUCUACGACGUCGAUGUCGUGCUGACUAUCCUAGAACAGUUCAUGAUGCAGGGGCAGCCCAGCCCCCCGACAAGCCCUCCUCGCCGGACCAAAGAUUUCGAGAGACGGAGAUCCCGGUCGGCCGAGAAUGUCGACCUCGAGUUCCAAGAAAGCCGGAGAUCGUCCUCCGCUUCGCAUAGCUCCAAGCUCAAAGUCGCCAAGCUUGUCGACGGCUAUCUCCAGGAGAUUGCCCGAGACCCAAAUUUGUCCAUGUCCAAAUUCAUCGCCGUCGCGGAAUCCAUCCCCGAUUUCGCCAGAAUCGACCACGACGAUCUCUACAGAGCCAUUGACAUCUUUCUUAAGGGCCACCAAGAACUGAACAAGACGGAAAGAAAACGUCUGUGCAGGAGUCUAGACUGCAGAAAGUUAUCAAUGGAAGCGUGCAUGCAUGCAGCGCAGAACGAGCUUCUUCCCCUCCGGGUAGUGGUCCAAGUCCUCUUCUUCGAGCAAGCGCGGGCCACCGUCUCCGGCGCCCACAUAACGGAGCUUCCGGGCAACAUCAAGGCGUUGUUAGCCAAAGCCGCGCCGGCGGAGGAGGUCGGGGCCAAGACCUCAGCCGCCUCUUUCGCCGCCGCCAAAAUGACACCCAAUUCCAAGCUCUCCACGCUGAAGAUGAAGCUGGCGGAGGACGACGAGUUGGACGGAAACUUCGCCGGCGGGAUGGGGAAAGGUUCGAGGACUAAAGCGUUGUGUGUUGCUCCUAACCGGCCGAAGAAGAUGUUCAGCAAGUUGUGGUCAAGCAGGAAUUGUGCGAGUCAAAGGAUAUGAAUCAAAAAGUUUUUGUUUAUCUUCUUAAUAUAACGUAUAAACAUACUCUGUUUUCAUCAAUCUUGAUAUGAUUUUUUUUUUUUUUUUUUUUUGGUUUCCGCCAUUUCCAAGUUCUUCCCAAUCAAAUUAAACUUUGUAAUCCUUAGACAAAAGUAAACCCCAAUGUCUAUAGUUGGUGUAACCUAUGCUAAUAAACCUCAAAUCUAUUCAAUUAGAAUCAAGAA